CGUUGGCCAAGAAAAAAAGGAAGGAAGAAAAGAAAUAGUCUCAGUAGUAAAGCUGUCUCCACUUUCAUCUUUGAAGGCACAACCGGGAAAGCCAUCGGGGUGGUGGGGUUCUAAGGAAGUGUCGCGAAGGAUUUAUCUGCGUUUUUGAGAGCUGAAUCCGAGAACCACAAGACCAAUUGGACUUUAGGGUUUUCUGGCAAUUGGGGGAAGCGUAGAUGGCGACUCCUUCUCCUUCUGCUCAGCCCUUGUCAAUCACUCCCCGUUCUAGGGUUAGAAGCCCUCUCAGUGACGAUGAGAUCUGGUUGCGCCUCAAACGAGCUGGCUUGGACGAGGAGUCGAUUAAACAGAAGGACAAGGCGGCGCUUGUGGCCUAUAUCGCCAAGCUCGAGGCUGAGAUCUAUGAUCAUCAACACCACAUGGGCCUUCUCAUAUUGGAGAGAAAAGAAUUGGCUUCCAAGUAUGAGCAACUCAAGGCUUCAACUGAAUCUUCUGAGUUGUUUCAUAAACGUGAUUUAGCUAUGCAGCUGUCUGCUUUAGCUGAAGCAAGGAAACGAGAAGAAAAUUUGAAAAAGACGGUGGAAGUGAAAAAAGAGUGUAUAGCUAGUCUUGAGAAGGCCUUGGGUGAGAUGCGUUCUGAAUGUGCUGAAACAAAAGUUGCAGCUGAUAGUAAAUUUGCUGAAGCCCAUCGUUUGAUAGAUGAAGCACAGAAGAAAUUUACUGAGGCUGAGGCCAAUGUGCGUGCUGCUGAAUGUUUACAAGCAGAAGCUAGUCGAUAUAACAGUGUUGCAGAAAGGAAGCUUCGGGAUGUUGAAGCACGUGAAGAUGACCUUCGGAGGCGUACCAUAUCUUUCAAGUCAGA